CUGAGGGAUAUAUAAAGCUUGUCAGGCCUGCGAACAGCGUCACUUCUUGCUUCUUCCUCUAGAACCACAUAAAUCCUGUCAACAUGAAAACACUGUUCUUGUCCUUGCUGGUGGUUGUGGCUGUGGCUGAGAGGCCGUCCUUCUCCUACGACGCCCCUGCACCACACACAUCCUCGCCCGUCCAGCAGAUCCCCAUCAUCCGUGACGAGCGAGUCCAUCCUGCUGCUGACGGCACCUACAGCUUUGACGUUGAGACUGGGGAUGGCAUCGUCAGGCACGAGUCUGGCGGUCCAGGUGGCGCUCAGCAGGGAACCGUGAGCUUCACCUUCCCCGACGGCCAAGUCUUCGACCUCCAGUUCGUCGCCGACGCUAAUGGCUACCAGCCUCAGUCGCCCUUCCUGCCCGUGGCUCCUGCCUUCCCCCACCCUAUCCCCGCCCACGCCCUCGAGCAGAUCGAGCGAGGGCGUCUUGAGCAUGAAGCUCGCGCCCGCGAGGAACAACGUCAGUCAUCAAGCCAGGGACAAGCCACCCUUUCUCGCCACUACGGUCAACCUCAGUGAAGAGGUCUUCAGGGAACUCUGACAUUACUAUAUUUGUUACGUUGUUUUGCAUAAAUACAAAUAAAAAGUUAACGAUACUUUCAAAAAUUCCAUCGCGACUAUUGAUAUCUUACUAGAUAAAUCUAAAACCAUUUCUGGAUAAUAAAGAAAUCUGUAAUAAGCA